UAUUAAUAAUAAUAACAUGUACUUAUUUAUCUCAAUGCCUGCUGACUAUUAUAUAUAUUUACUCUUAUGUAACUGUUGAUGUGAAUUCUUUUCAUGUAUUGAUACAUAUAUAUGUACAUAUAUGUUAAUAAUCUUACACGCAAUUCAUUCGCAACAUGGCAACAGCUACCAGAGAUCAUAUACAAUGUGGGCCGGGUUACAAAACCCCGAAAGCUGCGAUGAAAGGCCCGAGAGAAAAAAUAAUGUACGUCGUCUGUAUCAGUGCUGAUGAUAAUAAGCCAGACGUUCUUUCAACAGUUGACGUUGAUCCAGCAAGUCCUACCUAUUGUCAGAUUAUUCAUAAAUUACGGAUGCCGUAUGCGGGUGAUGAACUUCAUCAUUCUGGGUGGAACAUAUGUAGCAGCUGCCACGACUCUCAAUUAAAAAGAGACACGUUUGUUUUGCCGUGUCUGAUGUCUGAUAGAGUUUAUUUCAUUGAUAUGAGUAAUGAGCGUAAGCCUAAAAUAAAAAAGAUUUUGGAGCCGGAAGAAAUGCAUAAACACGGCCUAGCUACCCCACACACUACCCACUGUUCUCCAAACGGCGAAAUCAUCAUAUCAACUAUGGGGAAACCCAACGGCGAUGGUCUAGGUGAAUUUUUGUGCGUAGACAGUGAAACUCUGGAAACAAAAGGUUCUUGGACUUGUAGUGAGAAGAAAGCCAAGUUUGGAUACGAUUUUUGGUACCAGCCUCAUCAUGACGUUCUUAUUGCAACGGAAUGGGGAGUCCCGAGGAUUUUCAAAAAAGGAUAUGAUCCUAAACAGAGUUCUGAUCCGGAUAUUUAUGGAAGACAUUUAAAUUUUUAUUCAUGGACCAACCGAAGUCUUGAGCAGGUUAUUGAUCUAGGAGAAGAAGGAAUCGCGCCUCUUGAAGUCAGAUUUCUUCAUGAUCCUUUGGCGAAUGAAGGGUUUGUCGGGUGUGCUGUCUCAUCAAAUAUAUUCAGGUUUUAUAAAACUGAUGAUGGUAAAUGGGCCGCUGAUAAAGUUAUCGAUUUGCCAGAAAAAAAAGUCGACGGGUGGAUAGGUCCAAGCAUGUCUGGAAUGAUUACUGACAUUUUACUGAGUCUGGAUGAUAAAUAUUUAUAUUUUACCAAUUGGCUGCACGGUGACGUAAGACAGUACGAUAUAACAGAUCGAAAAAAGCCCCGAUUAGUUGGUCAAGUGUUCUUGGGUGGUUCGAUACUCUCUGACUCCAAGGUCCGUGUAAUCGAGGACAAAGAGUUGUCGAGUCAACCUGAACCAGUAAUCGUAAAAGGACGCAGACUCUAUGGCGCUCCACAGAUGCUUCAAUUGAGUCUCGAUGGCCGGAGACUUUAUGUCACUACUUCACUCUUGAAGCCCUGGGAUAGGGAAUUUUAUCCUGAACAAGUCAAACAUGGGUCGACGAUGGUAAAGCUUGACAUUGACGUCGAUAACGGUGGAAUGAAGCUGGAUCCAAACUUCCUCGUUGAUUUCGGAGCAGACAAAGAUGACAUUCUUCUUGCCCACGAAAUGAGAUAUCCUGGCGGUGACUGUACUUCCGACAUUUGGCUUCCAGAAUCUUCCUAAUUUUGUCAUAUAUCUGAUAUCUUAUAUAACUCGUCUAUUUUCCUACACAAUUCAAGUGCCAACACCCAAUGACAAUGCGUAUUGUAUUGUACUGCGUAACCUUUAGAUAAAAAUAUAUAUAUAUACACACAUGUACUUGCAUGUAAAUUUAUGUCUAUGUCUAUGCAAUACAACUGUUUUAUUCAUAAA